AUGGGCAGCAGCAUAUCUGAGGCUGAAGAGAUCGGCCUCGCCAAGUUGCCUCGCUCCUACACUCUUUAUUUAUACACACUCCACUACUCCCGCCUGGGAAAAAAACUCACCUCCAUAGCUCCCCUCGCGCCUGUCUACCACAUCAUAAUCGACCACCUCGCCCUCGUAGCCCCCACCAAAGCCGUCGUCUUGUCGAAAUACGUCUACGAUUUCAUCACGCCCAGCCUCUAUCGGAAUGUCAUAGCCAGCAAAACUCUACUCCGCGGACUCGAGUCUUCGGACCCAGGACUUCAGAGGAAGCUCAAAUGCUUGGAGCAUGUAGAGACGCUCAGAGUGCAAGACAUGGCGGGAAUGUGGCAUGUCAGUAUGCUCAACCACGAAGCCGCCGAACAGCAGCGCAAAAACGUCUUUCCGAACUGUCGCCGCGUCGAGCUGUGUCGAGAUGUCGUGAACGGACAUUACCACUCGAAAACGGGAGAGAAUGUCGAAGAUUGGGAAUUUUUCGAGAUCAAAGAGAUGCUGAUGGAGCAAGUGAAAGAGGGAUGUGACAUGGUCGAAGUCCGACGCUUGAGAGCGGAAAGGCAGGAAGACGACACCAAGUCUAUGACUUUCUCUCUGGCUGUAGAUUCAUCAUCAGAUGAUAAGACCAUUGAGUCCGAAUUUUGGCUACCAGCAUGCGGGAAAGCAGUCGGGAUAUCGAUCAUCAUCGGUGUCUUGGCCAUACUAUGGGCCCCCUUCAUCCUUCUGACUAUAGUAUCGUGUGCUGGCUACUAUAUCCCUUCACUGAGUAUUACCACCGCGACCGCCAACAUCACCUCUGCGGACGGUUCAUCAUGGGCUAUAGCAAAGAUAUCUCUGGGACCGUCUGGGGGAUGUAUGUACUACGGUGACCUGUAA